GUUGGGGGGAUGUCCUUGGGCUUCCCUGUGGACCGGAGGCAAAUCCCCUGCGUGUCCUUGUUGCUUCCUGCCCCAGGCCCCGAGGUGAGGCCGGAGAGCGCGGAGGACAAAUCCCGGCGGCAGAGCCUGGUGGGAGAGGCCGUUUUGAAGGGCUCCCCGGCACAGGAAGGCAGCGGGGAGGAAAAGGGCCGGAGAUGCCCCCGCAGGAGGGGCUGCAAAGCCAGCCCAGGGGGCUGUGAGGAGGAAAGAGCCAGCGUGUGCCGGGAAGGCGGCCGGAGCUUGAGGUGGAGCUGCGAGCUGGUGGUCCCUGAGCAGCCUCCCAGCAGGGAGAAGCCCUUCAGGUGUUUGGAAUGUGGGAAAAGCUUCAGCAAGAGAUCCGACCUCCUGAGGCACCAGCACAUCCACACUGGGGAACGGCCCUACACGUGUGGGGAGUGUGGAAAGAGCUUCACUCAGAGCUCCCACCUGCUCCGACACCAGAUGAUCCACAAUGGGGAACAACCCUACACGUGUGAGGAGUGUGGGAAGAGCUUCAGGAACAGGCGCACCCUCCACAAUCACCGACGCAUCCACAGUGGGGAAAAGCCCUACACGUGUGGGGAGUGUGGGAAGAACUUCAAUCAGAGCUCCACCCUGCUCCGACACCAGAUGAUCCACAGUGGGGAAAGGCCCUACAUGUGUGAGGAGUGUGGGAAGAGCUUCAAUCAGAGCUCCAACCUGCUCCGACACCAGAUGAUCCACAGUGGGGAAGGCCCUACACGUUGCUCGGAAUGUGGGAAGAGCUUCAGCACAAGCACCAAGCUGCUCAGCCACCAGCACAUCCCCACUGGGGAACAGCCCUACACGUGUUUGGAAUGUGGAAAGAGCUUCAGCCAGAGAACCACCCUCCUGAGGCACCAGCUCAUCCACACUGGGGAACGGCCCUACAUGUGUGGGGAGUGUGGGAAGAGCUUCAGUGACAACUCCAACCUCCGCAAGCACCGUCGCAUCCACAGUGGGGAACGGCCCUACACGUGUGGGGAGUGUGGGAAGAGCUUCAGUCAGAGCUCCACCUUCCACAACCACCGUCGCAUCCACAGUGGGGAACAGCCCUACACGUGUGGGGAAUGUGGGAAGAGCUUCAGGAAGAGCUCCAACCUGCUCCGACACCAGAUGAUCCACAGUGGGGAAGGCCCUACACGUGUGCAGAGUGUGGGAAGAGCUUCAGGGACAGCUCCAGCCUUUGCAAACACCGUUGCAUCCACACUAGGGAAUGGCCCUACAAGUGCUUGGAAUGUGGGAAGAGCUUCAGCACAAGCCCCAAGCUGCUCAGCCACCAGCACAUCCCCACUGGGGAACAGCCCUACACGUGUAGGGAAUGUGGGACAGCUCCACCCUCUACACCCACCGUCGCCUCCACAUCAGGGAGAGGCCCUUCCACUGUGGGGAGUGUGGGAAGAGCUUCACGCAGAGCUCUUCCUUGACCUCCCACCAACGGACCCACCGGUAAGAGAAGCCCCGAGUGCCCCGACUGCGGGAAGAGCUUCGGCCGCUGCUCCAACUCCAUCAGCCAUGGGAGGACCCGCGUUGGAUGAUCCACAGGGACCCCCGUUGGGCACAGGCCUGGUGUGCUGGUUUUAAGGUAAACCAGCAGGGGAAAUGUCAGCGGUGACACCUGGAAUGGGAUGGAACACCUGGAAAGGGAAUGAGAAUGCCUGGAAUGGGAAUGGGGACAUAAA